AGAACUCCAACGACCCAUAAAUUUGAAAAACGAAAAGGAUCUACAAAGCGAUAAACAUUUUGUACGCAAUAUUUACGACUUCCACACGACCUUUUUUUAGCUGAGAAAACACCACUCUGACAAAUUAGAGCGUAAAUUUGUUCCGAAAAAAAAAAAAUCAACGUACAGGGAUUAGUUACAUACUGCGGUAUUGUGCUAGUCAAAGCUUUAGCCAGUUUAGUACAUUGAUAUCAGAAGGUUUUUUUCAUCUCUGAAACGCUUUUUUUAUCUUACCUGCAUACGCACAACGCUACAACUUUUGCAAAAAGUUGUACUUUUUUCUACGUUUAUCUUUUUCGACAACUACCUCUGACUAACCUUGAAGUUUCUCCCGUUUUUAACGGCUUGAGAAACUUUCACAACCGAACAAAGCUCACUAUAGGUUUUUACUGAAUGUCGAAGCGCACCGCUGAUCAGCGUGAUACCGCCGCCGACACUACCGAGGAAAAGAUGUACUCUUCUGGAUACAGCAGCAACCAAGGUAGCUACGGCUACAGCAACGGAGGAGGUUACGCUUCUCAGGCCAUGUACCAGCCGCAGCAGCAGUCCGCUCCGGGCCCGGAUUGGUCCAAGGACUGGCGGUAUCAACUGUAAAAAUGUCUGGGUCUGGAAACUUGUGAUGUUGGGUGGCGUCUCAUGAUGAGGCCACAAGUGCUGGCUCAGCGUGACAAGUUUCUGAGCUUCUAGGUGUUGCCUAUUCUGCAUGACAAACUGCGUUUCUGCAUCACAGAAAAAUGGAGCUCUUGGGUAACAUGCAUGAUAGAUUUAAGAGUCAUGCCAGACAAGCAUGACAAACAUACACUCUUCCAGACCCAGACACUUUUACAUUUGAUAGGCGGUCCCCGGCUCCGCAGAUGACCCCGUCCACCACCGGUUCUGAUCAGGAUCGCAACUCGCCUGCGACCAAGCGCCCGCGUCACGGAACUGCUGGCAACAUGCAGGACCAGUGUCAGCACACGGUUGAGCAGUAUAUGAAGGAGAACGAGGUGGAAGUCCGCAACUACGACGCGAAGAACAUGUGUCUCACCUGGGACGUAUGCAUUGCAAAAGUAUCGUACUAGUAUAAAUUGCAUCACAAAUUUUGGCAAGAAGAAAAGGGGAAUUUGUAAUGCUGUUUUACCUUAGGAAGGAGAUUUGUCAUGCAUAUUUGCAAUUAGUACGACUACGAUACUUUUGCACAGGAUAGGACGACUGCCCCUUCCCCGCGGAAAUGACCCAGAAACUCCGCAACUUCCCGAAGCCGUCUGUGAUCCAGGCUGCCGCGUGGCCGAUCGCGGUCAGCGGGAAGAACCUGAUUGGUAUUGCGGAGACCGGAAGUGUAUCAAAUGCAAAAAUGUCUGGGUCUGGAAGACUUGUAAUGCUAAAAGUGAAUGGUAGACGCACUGCAAUACGCAGCUAUGCAUGACAAAUUUUUUGGCUCCCAUGUCUUACGUACUCCGCAUGACAAACUGCGUUUUUGCAUGACAGGUAAGAGGGCCUUUUCGUGCCAAUGCAACGCAGAUUCUGGAGUCAUGCCAGACAAGCAUGACAAACUUGCAUUCUACUUCCAGACCAGGACGCUUUUGCAUUUGAUAAAGUGGAAAGACGCUCUCCUUCCUCCUCCCCGCGGCGAUGCACUGCCAGGAGAAGCAGCGCUCCGGCCGGGGAAAUGGGGGGUACUACGGAUCCAGCGGUCCCUACGCCAUGGUCUUGGCGCCGACCCGGGAAUUGGUAUUAUAGGAUUUUGGCAAGAACAUGCAUAGAAAACGUUUACAUGUGAACGUGCUGCUGUACUAGUGAUUGUCAUCCCAAUAAAUAAUGCGUACGUAAGUACACCACGUACAGAAGAGAUCAUAUUGGCUUUCGAUACGAAAAAUGAAAAUGUCCUCACGACAACAUCAGAAUCGUUAUAUAACAAAAAAUGGAAAACAGGUCCAGCAAAUCGAGCAGGAGUGCAAGAAGUUUACCACCCUGCGUUCCGCCAGUCUUGUCGGUGGUCUCCCGAAGGGCCCCCAGAUCGGUGCUCUCCGCCGCGGGGUCGACAUCAUCAUUGCCACCCCCGGUCGUCUGUGCGAUCUGGUGGACAUGCGGGUGUGCGAUUUGUCUCAGGUUGACUUCUUCAUCUUGGACGAGGCGGAUCGCAUGUUGGACAUGGGUUUUGAGAAGGAUCUCCGGAAAAUCAACGGUAUGCUCACCCGCAACAAGCAGACCCUUCUGUUCUCCGCCACCUGGCCCCGAGAGGUCCAGCGGUUGGCGCAGGACGUGAUCGCCGAGGCCUACGGUGUCCGCACCCCGGAGGUCCGGAUUGGCGGCGCCGGGGACGCGAACCUCCGCGCGAACCCGAAUAUCAAGCAGACCGUGCACAUGGUGAAUCAUUACUCUGAGAAGAACAGACUCCUCGGGAACAUUUUGGACGAGUUGAAGCGGGAAAACAAUGGCGAACACCCAUUGAUUCUGGUCUUCUCCAAGACGAAGAAGGGGUGCGACCAGCUCGCGCGGGACAUGCAGUACUCGAUGCGGGUGCACGCACAGUCCCUGCAUGGUGACAAGUCCCAGCCGGAGCGUGACUGGGCGCUGGAGCAGUUCAAGACGGGAAGGAAGCCGGUCUUGGUCGCGACCGACGUCGCGGCGCGCGGGUUGGACGUGAAGAACGUGAAGUGCGUUAUCAACUACGACUUCCCAACGAACGUUGAGGACUACGUCCAUCGCAUCGGGCGGACGGGUCGUGGUGGCGCGUUGAACGGAGUGGCGCACACCUUCUUCUGCGAGAAGGACUGCCAGUAUAGAGUUGUUUUGUGUUUUUGCAUGACAGGCAAAAUGUGUACUUCGUUUUUUGCAUUACAGACUUUUUCGAAUCGCGGCUUCGAAAAUUUUGCUCCGUGUUGCAAAUCAAAACGAAAAUCGAAGCAAUUUGCACAACAGGAACCCGGGCAAGUGCGCUCGCGAGCUGACUCAGAUCCUGAAGGAGGCCAAGCAGGAAGUCCCGCACGAACUCCGCAACGUCACCUCAUCCGGCUCUGGAAAGGGCUUCGGCAAGGGUCGUGGAUUCGGUGGCGGCAAGGGCGGUGGCAAGGGAAAGGGCGGCUUCGGAGGCGGUGAUCGAUUCGGUGGCGGUGGCUUUUCGUCCGGUGGCUUCGGCGGCGGAAGAUGGUAAACGAAAGAUGAAGAACGAUUAUCAUCAUAUCUGUGAAAGUGAAGAUGCAUCAACAAACUUAUAAAACCGAAAGUACUUCUUGUUCUGAAGCACGUUGCUGCUCUCAGCAGGGCGUCGCUUUAUUUUGGUAGUUACGCUACGAAAUGGACAAUGCUUUUUCUAUCGAGAUGCAAGCUUGUUCUUACGGAAAGAUAGCGAUCUACUUUGAAGAAGAACGGCAUGAUAAGCCUGUCCUCCGAGGAGACAGAGAAUAUGCGCCAUUGCAACCCAAAAACAACAUAUUGAAGACCUACGUACAACACCUAUUCUGAUAUCCAAUGCAAAGCUAAACUUCGAGCUAAGGCUACUUUUUUUUUACAGCAAUUGACUACAACUACAGCUUUCGUAACUAUCCCAGCCUGUUUUUACAACAUCGGUAUUAGAUAUCGCAGUAGCUAUCAGUCACGGCAGCAAAUUCAUGAUUUGCACGACGCUGUGUCUGUGAUAGCAAAGUUGCCAAGCGGUAUCUUUUGUCAAUCAAAAAUCAAGGAAACUGAGACGAUCUCUGCUACCUCUUUAAGGGCUUCUUUUCUUCACCGUCUGGACGCCAGUUCAACCACUUUUAGAAAGAAAAAACUAACCACCUCUACAAGCAAAUGAAGAAAACAGCUACCCUUACUGAGCCGCUAUUGCAUCGCCUGUUAGUUUAUGCCUCGUCUUUGUGACGCAGCAAAAACUCACAACGCGGUUACAAAAGAUUUAUCAAAUGAAAGACUACUAAUUUGAAACUACGAGCGACUGCAAAUUGUGUGCACUUUCACUCGAAAGUCUUGAAGAUACAAAAACGCGCUCCGCCUCAGUAUAUUUUUACCCCAUUUAGAAGAGAAAGGAUAAGGCUCCUGUGCCCGGUGCUUCUAGUAGUAAUGCGUAGAUGCGUCGGGAGUAAAAAUUGAACUCCGGAUUACACGAUAAUUCCGUAGAAGACGAGAAGAUGUGUUGGUUUAAAAACUACAAGAGUAUCACCCUACCCGGAAAUAUUAGGAAAAACCAACUCCAUGAUGGUGCACAGAAAGAAUACUACUUCACGGAACUCUUUCACCUUACGUGCACGACUACACAUUCAUUCAAGAACACCGUUCUUCGUAUUUAUUGCGAACAAGUUCUUCUAGAGACGCAGUGCGAUUUCGACAACGAAAUGUAUCCCGAAUCGACGGAUGCAGAAUUUUGUCUUCGCAGCUGCGCUUUUUAAACCAAAAAAAACCAACAUGCGACACUUUCAAUUUACAGAGCCUAUUUUUCAUAAUCAAUGGAAGGAAUUAUAUCGAAGUGGUGGAAAAAGGAAACAAUUGUUUCUUGAGAUUUUUUACGCGAUAAUUAUUUCUCUUUCACACAACAAGAACUAUCUUCUGAGACUUCAACAGGUCAGGUUUUCAAGCAGGGUGAUCAAGUGCCUAGUAAACCGUUCUACUCUUUUUGUAAUGCGGUCGGCGCAGGUGGCGCAUCGUUGAAUUUUACCAGGUAUCCGAAAAAUA